AAUCGCAUAAACCCCGCAACGAUAAGGGCUCUCGCCCAAUUUUCCUUUUUUUUUCCCCCUCUCCCCGUCCUUUUCUCCUUCUCCAUUUCCCUUUUUUUUUUCCAUCUUUUUCCCCACAACAAAUUACUUUUCCUUCGAUUCAAGGUACUUCUCUUAGAUGGAACUAGAAGCAAUUCAACACAGAAAUUUCAGCUACUGAGAUCUCAGUGUUUUCUUCUUCUUUUUUUUUUUUGGGUAAUUCACCAAAAAUGGCUACAAAUAUUCCAUGUUUCACCCAAUUCAACCACUUCCUUGGAUCUGGAGGGAAUUGGAUUUGUAGAAAUAGCUCAUCCGUAGCCCUAAUCGAAGGCGGGAAUUGCCAGGCUAUUGCGCCUCACUAUCCUCGCAUUCGAUGCUCGUCGAGCUCUCACAACAUCAACUCAUUUCACAACAAGGACCCCUUCUUAAACCUCCACCCCGAAGUAUCCUUGCUCCGAGGGGAGCAGCGCGAGAAGAUGUUCAAUCCUCGGAAGGAUAGCUCGGUAAGUAAUCCGGCCGAGAGCGUAAGGGAUUCGUCCGAGAAUGGCGACUACAAUGAGGCCAAGAUAAAAGUUAUCGGUGUCGGAGGCGGGGGGUCGAAUGCGGUGAAUAGGAUGAUUGAGAGUGCGAUGAAGGGCGUGGAGUUUUGGAUAGUGAAUACGGAUAUCCAGGCGAUGAAGAUGUCCCCCGUGUAUCCCGAACACCGAUUGCAAAUAGGGCAGGAGCUGACUAGAGGUCUUGGGGCCGGGGGGAACCCGGAUAUUGGCAUGAAUGCCGCUAAAGAAAGCAAGCAGGCGAUCGAGGAGGCUGUUUAUGGCGCCGAUAUGGUCUUUGUAACGUCUGGAAUGGGUGGAGGAACUGGAACCGGCGGUGCUCCUGUAAUUGCUGGAAUUGCCAAGUCUCUAGGUAUACUGACGGUGGGUAUUGUCACAACACCAUUCUCAUUUGAGGGCCGAAGAAGGGCGGUUCAGGCCCAGGAAGGGAUAGCUGCUUUGCGAAAUAGCGUCGAUACACUCAUUGUCAUCCCUAAUGACAAGCUGUUGACAGCUGUCUCUCCUAAUACUCCUGUUACAGAAGCAUUUAACAUGGCCGAUGACAUUCUUCGACAGGGCGUUCGUGGCAUCUCUGAUAUAAUUACGGUACCUGGUUUGGUUAAUGUUGACUUUGCUGAUGUGCGAGCCAUCAUGGAAAAUGCAGGUUCUUCUUUAAUGGGUAUUGGAACAGCAACAGGUAAGACAAGGGCAAGAGAUGCUGCGUUAAAUGCCAUCCAGUCGCCUUUACUGGAUAUUGGAAUUGAACGAGCUACAGGAAUUGUGUGGAACAUUACUGGAGGUAGUGACUUGACUUUGUAUGAGGUAAAUGCUGCAGCAGAAAUAAUUUAUGACCUUGUCGAUCCAAGUGCUAAUCUAAUAUUUGGAGCUGUGAUCGACCCAUCACUCAGUGGUCAAGUGAGCAUAACUCUCAUUGCUACCGGCUUCAAACGCCAAGACGAAUUGGAAGGCCGAACCGCAAAGGGAGAUAAUAUCGGGAUAAACCGGCGGCCAUCUUCAUCUUCCACUGAAGAGAACUUUGUGGAGAUCCCCGAGUUUCUGCGGCGAAAGGGACCUUCUCGCUUUCCACGAGUUUGAUAGGUUUAUGUUCUUGUAUGUAUUUGUUUCUUCUUGUUCUGUCCCAGCUCUUGUAAUACAAUAUAAUCUUCUCUCAUACCUUUCCCUGUAAUUUUUCCUCUUUUUUAUCCAUAUAAAAUAGACACAGUGCUUGUUGUCGAGGUUAUGAACAAGUUCGAGUACCACCAAGCUGUUUCUGAUGCAGUUGUUUCUGAUAAUGAAACAUUCUGUGGAUGAAAAUGAUUAUUCCAACCA